AUGGUAUUCGCCCCCGGCGCAUCCUUCUUUGUUCCAUUUCACGAGCUUGAUCCGCGUGAACAGAGGCAAUGCAUCUUUUAUACUCAAAAGGAGAAAAGAUGUAGUUGGGACUGCAAAGAAGGAGACAACAAGCGGGCCAUCGACCUCUAUGAUCAGAUCAGUCGUACGCCCGAUACUGAGCUUCCGAGCCUCGAAGUCCUUGAAGAUUAUGCAAGGUAUAAUUGCUGCGGACCAAAGCCUAAAGGCACUCGCCAUCAGAAUAGUAUCGAAGAUAUCGGCCUUUUAACAUCCUUGGCCGAGAGGUGGCUAGAUGAGAUCCGGCAGCGACGUUCAACCAGCAGGGUGAAUCCCCGUAGUUCAACUCCUGCAAUUAAGGAUGAGCAUAGUGCCACUUUGUCAGGGGCAACGAUCGCCCCGUUCGUUAGUCCUCUAACGACGACACAUCCUUCCGAACUAGCUACGAUCAUAGACACUCAACGAUCCAUCUCAACCGCAGCUGAAUUUGUUGCCGGCCUGCUAUCCAACCCACAGAGUUCUGAAGAAUGUUUGAAAUUCAUUAAGCACGACGCGAACCUAGAGGAAACCGAACCACGCUAUGAUCUCCGACGUCGCAAUGAUCUUGGGGAUAAAGGCAAAGGCAUAGCCAACUCCAACCCAAGACCUCGGCUACCACUUUCAACUUUCCGCCCCCACAAAGAGGAGCCUGACGAGAACGUAAUGUCCAAGCUUCUGAGCCCUCUUGUGAAAGACCGCUUCGCGAGAGACUUCAAGACAGGCUCCCUAUACAUCUUCAGUAGGAAUUCUUCCCCGGGCUAUGUCAAGAUUGGCUGGACCUCGCUGGAAGUCGAGGGCCGCCUUGAAAGCUGGUCCAGAUGCGGCUACAAGCCCAACCUAGUGUUUAGUGUUCACGAUAUUCCCUAUGCCCAGAGAGCCGAGACUCUGACACACUAUGAGUUGGCAACAGAGUGGCGCGCAGAGCGAAUGUGUAAAGGAUGCGGCAAGAGUCACAAGGAAUGGUUCGAAGUCAGUCAAGAGAGAGCAACCCAGGUGGUGGCAGACUGGGCAGAACUCAUGAAAUCAGCAACAAUAUACGACGCGAGUGGUACUAUCGACAGCGAUUGGAGAGACACGAUCGAGAAAAUGAGCAAAAUGGACGAGCCAAUCACUGCCAAUAACUUACUUAGGAAGCACAAGGCAUCUAUACUCACAAAGACGGCAUCGAAACUGCCAAUUGAAGAGGACGAUGCACCCGAAGCUGAAGUUUCUCAAAACGGAACACCUACUAGCUCGGAAAGAUAUUCAGGCACUUUCGAGCUAUCGAGCUUAAGCCAAGAAUUGCCAAUAUUGAAUGAUCAUUUCGAAGUUGGGCUGAAUUCCGAAGUCCCCUGGACUUCCACGUUUGAACCUCAGACAUCUGAAGUUCUCUCUUCAUCUCCGCCUACACAGACUCGCACGCCCGAACAACAUUCAGAACCCAGUUCUGAUACCCAGGCCGAGCAGAAGUUCCUGGAGAACGAAGACCAGAAUAAGCUCUCGCAGUCAUCAAGAGAAUUCCAAGUUGGCACCGGGUUGAACUUUUGCUUCCAGACACCACCGGCAACGAAACCAGCUUCGAACUUCCUAACUCCACCACCUACCCCAUCACCACAGCGGGCCAUUAACAGUCCCGGAAAGCCAAGCUCCAAUGGCCGGGCUAGAUCCAUUUUAUUCGAGCGGCAGGGGCAAAAGACUCUCUCAUCGACCAUGGAAAGGAUCCAACCUCAGACCCACUGCGAGAACAGAUAA